GUCAGAGGUGUUGUGGCUUUGAGGGCAAUUGUUCAAGUGAGAAGAGGGAUGUGCAGAUCUCAAGAUGACAUAGGGAUCCUGAUGGGAAUUUUUCCUGCUUCUGGAGGAGGGAAGCAGAGGGCUGUUUUUCCUCCUCUGGGCCAGGGAUGCAUGGAAUGGCAGAGGUGGGGGCCCCCAGCUAUGGAGACUGGGAGGGCAGGUUGGGGUCCCUGGAAGCAGAUCUUGAGACAAAGUUUCCUGUGCAAGAGAUUUAUUACAAAGGUGUGCCCAGCAUUCCAUUGUGGGAGGAUAUCGGAGGAUGCAAGUCCCCAAGACCUCCCCGACACUGCUGGUGGCGUGCAAACUGAUGCCACUACAUUGGAAAACAAUUUGGCAGUAUCUCAUGGAGGUGAAUAUUCAGCAAUUCCACUCCCAGAUGCCUGUCUGGAGACAACCUCAUCAAGUCUGGUCUCAGAUGUGUGUUCUCUCUGAUGGGAGACAGCUGGAGCGGCUGUCAGGCCUCCCUGGCAAUAGCGGUGCCUGUGGCGGCACCUGUCAGCAGCACCUUAACGCUGUCCCAGUGAUGGCUGCUGCGAGUGGGAAGGUGACAGGAGGCAGUAGUUCUUGGGGUUUGGGAGGCUCUUUGCUGCACUGCUCCUUGACCCCUCUACAUGGAAGGGUGAGCCCCAGUUCCUGUACAUCUUCUGGAAUUGCAGACCUCCUCCCCACAUCACCUCUAGUGGAUUUCCUCGCUGGUCUUGACUCUGGCUGAUGCCAUCCACACGCCUCCACUCCAGCUGUUUUCCUAAGACAGGGUGUGAUGCCAUGCCUCCCUGUGUUUCCUGGUCCCUCUGCCUCAAAGACUUUGGUUUCCCACCUCUGUCUGGUGAAUUUCCCCUUUCCAAGGCCAGCUUCCAAUUCCCUUUUUCAGACAUCCUGUCAUGCUGUGCCCAGGCAGAGCCUUCCUCCCCAAACCCACACAGCCCUUUGCACAUGUCUCUUCCAUUACACAUAUUGGUUGCCAGGAAGGAGAAGUCAGGUGAAUGCCUGCCUCUGGCUCCCAAUCACAAUGUUUGAGUCUCAAGGAGGGCGACCAGGUGGAGUUAGGUGACCUCACCCCAAGAGUACAAGGGUCACAGUUGGGCAGGGUAAGUUCUGGAUCCCAGGAAGAUAAUUCUGUUGUUCUUAAAAUAAGACCCCAGCUGGUGAUGAGGAGAGAGACCUGGAGGACACAGAGAAGGGCCCAGAACCCUCCUUCAUUCCAAGAGGAGAGGCUGCUGACCACAGUGCAGAGGGCCAAGGUUCUAGGAAAGGGGCACAGAGGUCAGGACCGGACUGCAGUCCAGCAAGAACCGGAGCUCAAGCUUCAGCCUUCUGAUUGAGCUCACCAGUCUCGAAGGAGACUGGAGCUCCCUGGACCUAGGUUCAAAUCCCCACUCCUCCACUUAUUUGCUGUGUGACCUUGGGCAAGUCACUUCACCUAUCUGAGCCUUGGUUGCCAUCAGUGCAACAUGAGGUAACAGUGCUCAAUUUAUGGAGAUAAUGUUGGGGAGGGCCUAGCCCAGAUAUGGGCACACA